AUGAAGGAGGUGGACGAGCAGAUGCUCAACGUGCAGACGAAGAACUCCAGCUACUUCGUCGAGUGGAUACCAAACAACACUAAGACGGCCGUUUGUGACAUACCACCCAGGGGCCUAAAGAUGUCGGCCACGUUCAUCGGCAACACGACCGCUAUCCAGCAGAUGUUCAAGAGGGUGUCUGAACAGUUCACGUCCAUGUUCCGGCGAAAGGCGUUCUUGCAUUGGUACACCGGCGAGGGCAUGGACGAGAUGGAGUUCACCGAGGCUGAGUCCAACAUGAAUGACCUGGUGUCCGAGUACCAACAGUACCAGGAGGCGACCGUCGACGAAAACGGCGAAGAGGACGAGGACGAAGAUGCCGACGCGUAG